CCGGGCCGGCGGCGGGUGUCUGGGCGUGAGGCGGCCGGGCUCCCUCAGUCCGGGCAGGGGAGCGCGCGAGGCUCCGGACGGACUGACGGACGGACGCCCCUCCGGCUCCCGCCGCCCUCCCGGCUUCGGAGGGAGGGAGGGCCAUGUCGACCGCCCUCUAUGUGCUCUCCACGCUGGGCGGCUACCUCCUCACCUCGGCGCUCCUGCUCAAAUGCCCGGGCUUGCUCCACCGACCCAAACGGCCCCGGUUCCGGUGCCGGCACAUCUCCCACCGCGGCGGUGCUGGAGAGAAUCUGGAAAAUACCAUGGGAGCUUUUCGCCAUGCAGUUAACGUGGGGACAGAUAUGUUGGAACUGGACUGCCACUUGACGAAGGAUGAACAAGUCGUGGUGUCUCACGACGAGAAUCUGAAACGGUCAACGGGACUAGAUGUCAACAUAUCUGAUCUCAAGUACUCGGAACUCCCGCCAUACCUCUGCAGACUGGAUGUAACUUUUCAGAAAGAGUGCCACUGUGAAGGCGAAGACAAGCGCAUUCCACUACUGAAGGAAGUAUUUGAGGCCUUUCCCCACACGCCGGUCAACAUAGACAUCAAAGUUAACAACGACAUGCUGAUCAAGAAGGUUUCCCAGUUGGUGAGCCAGUACCAAAGAGAACAUUUGACCGUGUGGGGGAAUGUCAGUCACGAGAUUGUGGACAAGUGUCACAAAGAGAAUGCCCACAUUCCCAUCCUUUUCUGUCUGCGUCGCGUCCUGCUGCUCCUGGGCCUGUUCUAUACGGGGCUCCUGCCUUUCUUUCCCAUCCCAGAGGACUUCUUAGAGAUCCCGAUGCCUUCAAUCAUCCUCAAGCUCAAAGAACCGGAGAAGGUCUCAAGAAGUCAACGGUUUACCAUCUGGUUUACUGACAUGUUGCUGAUGAGGAAAGCAUUAUUUGACCACCUCAAUGCUCGAGGCAUUCAGGUGUACAUCUGGGUACUAAACGAAGAGCAUGAAUACAAGCGAGCGUUUGACUUGGGGGCGACCGGGGUCAUGACAGACUACCCAACAAAGCUGAAGAACUUUUUGCACAACUACCCUGCGUAACAGAAUGGCGAGGAUGGUUCCUCCAAAGGCAGGAAAACGGACAGGAACGAGGCGAGGGAGGCGGUCCUUCGAUCCGAGCUUUCCAGCAGCGCAUCCACCCCAUAACGGCAGACCUAACUAGAUGGGAUUUUAUUACCUCAUUCUUAAGUCAUUACGUGGUAUAGAGAUUGUAUACAGCUAUAUUUAUUUUAAAAUUUUAAUGGGAUAGUUUACAUUUAUUUUCUUUUUGUAAAUAGCUUGGUUGGCCUUCAGUCGCCGACCUAAUAGAUAUGUCUAGAAAGAGACCUGCAGACAGGGUAACUUGUAGAAGUCGUAGGUAUAACUUCCCAUGUAUGUCGCUUAGACCUCAUUGCUUACAUUUCACCAAGUUUGCCCACAGAAAACAUUCCAGGAAGUCACUUUUUGGGGGGGAUAUUGCAUUGUAAAUGUCUCUAGUAAACUGGCUAAAGUGACUAUAUUAUCUGGUCGCUCCAGAGUGUAGCGAGAAUGUAGCAAGAAGAAACUAGAGCAGGAAACUAGAGCUGUAUUGUCAAAAGCUUUCGCAGCCGGAAUCACUGGGGUGUUGUGGGAUUUCCGAGCUGUGUGGCAUCUGCAGGCCAAACAUCAGGAGAAAAUGCUACUGGAACACGGCCAUACAGCCCGGAAAUCCCACAACACUCCACAGAAACAUUGUUGGCGUGCUGUUCUCAGUGUGGGUAGCCCCCAGUCCACAGCUGCUUUUGUUGGGGGGGGGGCAAGUUGUGCCUCCAUUGAUAUUUCCCUCCUCUAUCCCCCAUGGGAUACUGUAAGUCCCAUUUUUAACGCAGUCACUGCUGUCUUUCUUGUCUUUUGGGUAGCCGCUUGAGCCAGAUGUGGCCCCGGCACCUGGUUGGUAGACUCCCAGUAUAGCUCAUGAGACUAUCAACCUGUAUGUUUGUCCAAAAGCAAUUCCUGAAGCUAGCAAUAGUGGCGCUGUCGUAGGGAUAUCCAGUCCAGUUUAUUGUGCAAAGGCGCUAACGUGACGUGCCGACAGCGUGUUUAGUUGAAGCAUUUUGGAGCUAUUGGCUCUGAAUAUUUUUGCUGGUGUAUCUAAAAAUGCCUCCAUUCUCAUCUACUACUUUUAGAGCCCUCAGUAGAAAAGGAGAAUUUCUGAACAGCCAGCUUAGAAUCAAAUGGAAAAGUCGUCUCCGGGAGGCUUUUUGAAGCUUGCUGUUUACUGGAGAAAACGAUAUCCAAUUCUAAGUGUUGUGUUUUGUUUUGAAGAGGCAGAUAAUGUGUUCUAAAUAGCUACUGGGCAGCCCGAAGGCAAUAUGAUUUUAAAAAUAAUAUGGUUCUUGGCACUCCCUGCUAGAUUGGGUGAACGUAAGUGAACCUGUGCGCAAGAACACAGGAAUAUGCUGCCACAGGAGGUGGUGCUGGCCACUAACCUGAAUAGCUUGAAAAGGGGCUUGGACAGAUUGAUGGAGGAGAAGUCGAUCUAUGGCUACCAAUCUUGAUCCUCCUUGAUCU